AUGGCUCCCAAGCGCAUGCCCAAGGUGAACAGCCUUUCCUCUUCAUCACAGGCGGGUAGCUCCUCUUCCUCUAGUCGAGGUGGUCGCAAUGCAAAUCCGUUUGGCCCGGUCGAUCCCACCAGCUACGAUGACUACGAUGAAUCAAUGCAAGACGGUGUCGAGCUCGAGGAAAAGGGCGAGCGCUUCCAGUUUGGACCAAAGGCGCAACGCUUCUACGUGCAGGCCGGCACCCUGUACGCGCGGGCAGCACAGCUCGCUGGCGCCAACGUAGAAAGACGUGCCGACGCCCUGUACAACGCAUCGAGGAUCCACUUCUUGCUCGCCUCGCAGUUUGCUCUUCCUCCCGAGAAUCUGCAAUCUUUUGUUGACGCUAUCACAACAGCACAGGAAGCGACACGACUCGCGCCGGCCUUGCCUGCUGCCGGCUCCGCCGAUGGCGCCCUCCCGAACCCGUUCACCCUCGACGCUUUGACGCAUCUGGCAACGUCAAUGCAGACACUCGCCGAAGCAGUAUACGAGCUAGGUUGGCCGCAAGGCCUCAAUGCUCCUCCUCUGUCUCUGCAGGCUUCAAAUCAGGCACCUACCCCAACGAUGCUCUGGAAAGAGGCACUCGCAAUCUUCGAGCAAGUCGCGGACGGGCAGUACGUCAUCCUGCAAGAUCAAAAGGCCGCUGAAAGCACGGUCGAACAGCCAGACGAGCUAUCUGCAGAGGCACCGAUUGAUACAGAAUCAGACGACGGUGAGAUGCAAACCAAUGGUGGAGGAGGAGAUGAUGUGUAUGGAUACACGUCAUCGCUGGUCACGCCGGCGUCGCUGAUGGAGACGCUCUUGUCGAUGCUCGCUUGUCUGACCUCUUUGAUCGAAGGGGCAUCUUCAAUGGACGCGGUGCAGACUUACAGCACCGCUUUCGACCAGAUUGCUUUGAAAGCAGAAGCGUUGGCUUCGGACACAGGCUCAACGUCUACCCUUCCAGCAACGAGCAACGACGCGGCUCAGGCAUCUUCGGAACUAGCAGCUAGCUGGAACGAGUUUCAGCGCUCUGCGUUGGCGACACGAGUCGCGCGUCUCGGUAAAGCGAUCGAAUUGGGCUCCGAGCCAUCACAGAUCAGCAGUGAACUCGAGUCGGUCUUGCAGACGGUCAAUGACUGGGCGACCCGUCUGAUAGCCUCGCCUGCUGCUGCCGCUGCUGCUGCUGGACCCACCACUGGUCGCAGGGACGCGGUCGUGGCUACGCUCUGCGAUAUCGGUGAGGCCGGCCAGAAUGCAUGUCGCCUUUCGCUGCGCUUGCAACCAGCCGAAUCCGGCGUCGCGGCCAUCUGGGCACUGGCCACUUUGAGCACGAAACUCUUCUCGCAGGCGCUGGCUGCUCUCGACACAUCGGCCGCAGGCGGAGGUUCGGCAGCCGUGUUGGGCCAAGCCAACACUUCGACGCCUACAUCUCGUGCACGAUGCCGAAUCCUGUUGGCUCUUUCGAGCAUGUCCAUCUUGCGCUCGCAUCCGGCUUUCGAGGCUGCAGGCAUCGCAGGUGCGAAGGGAACCCGCACCAAACUCGUCGACAAUGCUCGGCUGUACGCGCGCAAAGCGGUCAGCGAGAUCGGACUCGGAGGCUUGCUACGACCUGCACCCGCUCAACCGCCACGAUCGGCAGUGUUGCCCCCGCCCGGCGGUUGGGAGAGCCUUUCGCUCGAAGCAGAGGCCACCUUCCACUUGCUGCGCACUCUGCUGGUCAGGGCCAACGUCAACACUGUCACCACCGAGACCGAGACCGAGCUGCAGAACCUCGUGCAGCACGUCAUUCAGCUGCGUCAGAAACCCAUCCAGGUGGGUGCUAGCCCUUCUUCCGCUUCGACGCACCUAUCUGAAUGGCUGUACAAGAAAGGCCCCAAGGCGUUCGUCGAUGGCAUCGUGGAUGACAACGGGCGCGGCAUUGUUCAAGAGGAACUCGUGUGGUGGGAGAAGCUCUUCUCUGAGCAACUGGGGCUCUGA